CAGUUCACGCCCUCACUCUGGUGAUACGAGAUACUCUCUCAGUGCUCUCCCGGAAGAGAAUCCAAGUUGUUCUUCUUCCUCUGUCACUCGGAUACUCACGCCAUCCUUUCGUGACGCUUUCACGUGUGUGUUUGGAUAUUACUCUCCGCCGCCAGCGCCCAGGAACCUCUUCGUAAGGUUCCGACCACUAGCGCGACCACCAUUCCGUAGAAAUCCUUCAAGAUUGCGCCAAACGGGAAUCACCCUUUCAGCUGCAUUCCCCUCUGGAUUUUAGAGGACCUGAAGGAUUACAUCAAGCGCUCUGUGAACAAGAAAACCACAGUGUCUAGCAGUGAAUUGGUGACGAAGGAAAGUUGCCUCUCAGUGAGAAUGAAAGACGAUAGGAACCCUUGUCAAAACGGCCCACUCAGGGUGGCCGUCGUCGGUGCCGGGGAGGUGGGAAAGUCGGCACUUACCGUCCGUUACCUCACCAAAAGAUUCAUCGGAGAAUACAGAUCAGACACAGACUUGCUGUACAAAUGCGUCCUCCAAGUGGACGGCUCCAGCCAACCGGUCGAGAUAAUGGACACAUCUGCAAAGGCUAAUGACGAGUCUUCUGAUGCCCACCUUCACUGGGCAGAGGCCUUCGUUGUUGUCUACUCAGUUUCGGACAAGAAGUCUUACAAAUGGGCCGCGAAUGCUCUAGAGGAAUUGACGGCCAGAAAACCCUCAGCGUGCGUCCUGAUGCUGGGUAACAAAAGCGACCUCAGCCACCUGCGCGAGGUGGAGGAGGUGGAGGCCAGAUCGCUCGCCCUCACCCACGCCGCCCGCUUCUCCGAAGUCUCUACGGCGGAGAGCGGCACGCCCGUGUCGGAGGUCCUCGACGGCUUCCUGAAGGAGGUGAAGGCCCAGAGAAACGCCAACAACACUCAGAACGGCGGCUCCCCCAAGCUCAGAAAGAUCUCCGUCACCAAGAUGCUGGGGUCCCUAAUCGGGAGGAACUCUCCACCGCCCAUCCCCACCACCCACCUCAUCAUUUUGGAUAAGGAGGAGAAGAGCAAGCUCCAGGGGCCCAUGAGGCAGCUCUGUCGGCCCUGCCUUAGGCCGGCGCAUUCUUUGCCCUGCUCGCCUCAUACGGCCGUUUAAGGGACGACGGAUCACCCUCAAGAUACUACUACUACUACUACAAGUCCUUCAAAAUAAUAUACGAAAGACGAAAGCACUCAAAAUGCCUUCCAGAGUCAUCAUCUCAUGUACAUAAUUCUAAGUCAUUUUACUCAGAAGCUGUGAAUAGAAAGGCUUUGAUAUUUAUAUAACUUAUUUACGCGAUUUGUUGAAACACUUCGGAGGAAAAAAAUAAGGUCGAGAAUGAAAAGCUGAGAAUCAUGUGAGGAAAAGAAGAGGAUAAGGAGUCGAAUAUGAGAAGCCCAAGAAGAGAUUAUGCGUUAGACUUCAAGGAACGGUUGUUGCCGAGGCCUGCAUAUAUAUACAUAUAGCUGCUCAUCGAGAACGCAUCCUAGGCCUAUAUCCCGCUGCUCAUUCUGAAUAUCCCAUGGGGAAAUUAAAUGAUGAUUCUCCCGGCCCCCCUAAAGAGUCCUCAGUGUAUUAUCAUUCGUCGCUGUCUUUCCUCUCUUGUCAAUCCGUCGAUUAUACCUGCUGUCAUAUUUGCUCAUCAUAUCAUUAGUCGAUACUUCGUACAUUCCGCCACUCACCUGCGAUAUCAUCGGUCUUCCCUGGUGGGAAGAUUACCAUUAUCUUCAUCAUCAUUAUCAAUCAUCACCAUUCAUCAUCAUCAUCAUCUUCCCCGAUGGCAUGUUCCAGAGCGGGAAGCUUCAUUUCACAUUGUGGGAAGAGUUAAUGGUUCCAUAUUAAGCAGCCCCACCAGGAAAAGUGGAGGCCUUGUUCUUCCCCACCAGGAGAGGGAAGAACUGCCUCCUCUCAUAAAGUAACAUCAAGGAGAAAGGGGAUGAUCAACCCAUAAGUAUGGAAAGCUGUGUUCUUCCCGUCAAGAAACAUCAUCACGAAGAAGAGGGAAGAAUUCAAUCUUCUUAUUUCACCUUCCUUUGGGAAAUAUCAUUAUCAACGAAGGGAAGAGUUUUAUCUUCCUCUUAUUCUUCAUCUUUCUCAUAUUCAUUUGCAAUUCGUCUGUCCUUCCCAUUCUUCUCCUCAUCACUCAUCUAUAACCUAAGCCAAAGAUUCAAUGUUGUCAUUUAUUUCAUAAGCUAUACACUCAUAACUGUGAUAUGAAUAAAAUUCUUUUUUUGUACAGUAUAUUACAGAAGUUUCUAUAUCUUUUAAUAAAAAGAAUACAGUUAU